CUAGAAUCCUCCGUCAUCAACUUCGCCAGUCCGUGAAAAGCGAAAACCCUCCGACCUCCUUCCAGCGCCCUCCCACCCCAGCUCUCAAGUCAUGUACAUGUCGCUUCCCGCCCUCUCUCGCGCCACGCUGUUCCCUCUCAUCCUCAACCCGCUGCUGGUCUCGUCGGCCCGCGCAUCCACCGCCCUCGCGCACCACUCGGUGCCCACGACCUCCCUUCACUUCAUCCACUCUCAAUCGCCCUCCCGACUCGGAGCCUUCUCGGUCUUUCAUCCCCAGUGCCCGUCGGAUUCAUUGUUCUAUCUUUCCUCUACGUCGGCUUCUCCCCACCAAGCCAAGUCCUACGCCACUAUGUCUACCGAUGCGUCGAAAAACCAACAACAACAACAACAACAGCAGCAGGAGGAGGAAGGCCAACAAGCGAGUAGCAGCGGCCAUCCCCUCGCCCUCCCCGACGCAAGCACCGCCGAUUCGCAGGCCCCGAAACUCGACGUGAGUGGCGGCGAUUCCACCGUGACGCUGGACCACCUGGGUCCCAUGGUCGUCAACCAGGACGGCUCGCUGUCGCGCAUCACGAACUGGGGACAGAUGACGGAGAUCGAGAAGAAGAAUACGCUGCGGGUGCUGGGCAAGCGGAACAAGCUGCGACUGGAGGCUGUGAAGGCCGCCGGAGGAGGAGAGUAAGGGUAGUUGGUGAUUGGAUCUCUGCGGAAAAGGCAGUGUGUGUAUUUUUUUUUUGUAGGAUAAUUACGGCGGUCAUGUACGAAUGAGGUGUUUUCGGUGUUUAUUUACUGCAUACAUCCCGCCUGGGACUUCUCGUCUGCCGUUUUCUUCUACUCGUCCAUGUUUACUGGAGUCAGGAUCCAAAAUCGACUGACAGUGCCUGCGAUCUUCUUAUAUCCAAGAUAGCC